CCCCUUAAACCCUACCCUUUGGCAUCAUUCUCCCAUUUUAGCCUCUCUCUUCAGUUCAAAAACCCUAAUUUCGAAGGGUUCCUGAUUUGUGUGUAGAAAUGGCUUUCUGCAAAAAUCUCGGUGGUUUAUUGAGACAAGGGGUUGUUUCUCAGACCGGAAAUGUUCCAGUUCAAUCUAUGCUCGGUUCUCUCCGGUACAUGUCUACCAAGCUUUUCGUCGGAGGUCUUUCAUGGGGCACUGAUGACCAAUCCUUGAGGGAUGCUUUUGCCAACUUCGGUGAAGUGGUUGAUGCUAAAGUCAUCGUUGAUAGAGAAACAGGAAGGUCGAGGGGAUUUGGAUUUGUCAAUUUCAGUGAUGAGACAGCUGCGAAUGCUGCUAUUUCAGAGAUGGACGGAAAGGAUCUGAAUGGUCGUAACAUCAGAGUGAAUGUUGCUAACGACAGACCAAGUGCUCCCCGGUCUUACGGCGGAGGUGGUGGCUACGGAGGUGGUGGAUACGGUGGAGGUGGUGGUGGUUACGGAGGAGGUGGUGCUGGUUAUGGAGGAGGUGGUGCUGGUUAUGGAGGAGGUGGUGAUGGUGGUGGUUACUAAACAGAGGAGGAUUUGCGAGUUCAAAUGGUGUUCUGUUUAGUUGGUUCCUUUCAAUUGAAUCUUGUGUUAGUACAAAACCUGAAUGGGAAUUGUUGAAAACUCGUUUACUCUUUUUUUUGGUUACGAAUUUGGUUUAAUAUUUUAUUGCCCUUAUUAGGUGCAUUUAAAUACGUUUACCAAUGCCAUCAUUACUUGUUGGUUGUAUUUGAACUUUCUCAUGUGAGUACUUCUAAUCAAUCGAAGAGAGUGAAAGACGAAA